AUGUCAAUUAAUCCAAAGUCAAUUUAUCCUCCGCAACCUGCAACCACAAGAGCUCAGACCCUCCACUUGUCGUAUGAUCCUGUUCACGAUCGGAUUGUGUACCCCAAUGGGAAGUCGAUUUUCAUUAGACCAUUGGAUCCAGAGUCAACUGUUCCGGUAAGACAAUUCACUAAGCAUGUGGCUACUGCUACUGUGGCCACGUUUGCUCCUUCUGGUAACUAUGUUGCAUCUGGUGAUGAACAUGGUCAAGUUAAGAUCUGGGAUAGCAGCUAUUUCAAGUCAACUGGACCAGCAAAUGGUGGUGAUGAUGAAGAUAUCUUUGAACAACCUAAAAUCAAAAGUGAAUUCCAAAUCUUGGCGGGUCCUAUUCGUUCCAUAGCUUGGGAUGCUGAUAAUCAAAGAGUUAUAGCUGUAGGUCAAGGUAAAGAUAAAUUUGGUCAUAGUUUCACUUGGGAUUCUGGUAACUCCAUUGGUGAAAUUCAAGGGCAUUCCGAUACUAUCACUGCAGUUGCUAUAAAAUCCCAAAGACCUUAUAGAGCAGCUACUGUCAGUGAAGAUAAAGCUUUGGUUUUCUAUAAUGGACCUCCUUUCAAAUUUGAUAAGAGUGUUAGAGGUUAUCAUACUAAUUCAGUUAAAGAUGUCAAAUUCUCCCCAGAUGGUAAAUGGUUAGUAUCUGUGGGAUCUGAUAGAACAAUUGUGUUGUAUGAUGGGAAGACUGGUGAAUAUGUAAAGACUAUAGAGAAAGCCCAUGAAGGUGGUAUAUUUGCAGUUAGUUGGUUUCCCGAUUCUUCAAAAUUUGCUACGGCUUCGGCUGAUAAUUCUAUUAAAGUAUGGGACGUUGAAUCAGGUGAAGUCACUCAAGCUUACCUUGUAAGUGAAUCUAAAGCGGUUGAAAAUCAACAAGUGGGUUUGAUUGUAGCCAAGGAUUAUGUGGUUUCUCUUUCAUUGAAUGGGAAUUUGAAUUACUUCAAAGGUGACACUGAAUCACCCAAAUUUGUCUUGACAGGCCAUAAAUCUGCCAUAACCUCAAUUGAAGCUUCUGAAUCAAAUGUCUUUACUGGUGGUUCAGAUGGUAUUAUUAGCUCAUGGGAUAUUGCUAAGGAUGCAUUAAACCCUGUUUCUAAGUUGAUUGGAACCUCCAAAUCAACGCAUACAAAUUAUGUCGUUGAUAUUUUGGGUGAUUCCCAGGAUUUGACUACUGGUGGGUGGGAUGAUAAAAUUAAAUUCUGGCUGAAGGGUGAAUUAGAGGGCGAAGUUGCUUUGGAAAACCAGCCUAAGCAUAUUUUCAAGAAUGGCACAAAAAUAAUUGUAUUAUUCGAAACACUGCUUUCUGUUUAUUCUAAUGGUAAAGAAUUGUUUUCCUAUCCUUUGAAUUAUGAUGCUACAUAUGCAGCAGGAGUUGAUGAUAAACUCUUGAUUGCAGAUUCAAAGAACAAUACAGUUCAUGAAUACACCAUUGGAUCGGAUGGUUUAAAUGAAACCUCAUUAAAAUACCCACAAUUACGUGCAUCUCCAACCAUACUCAAAGUAUCUCCUAAUGGGGAAUACGUUGCCGUUGCCGAUAGUGCAGGCAAGUACACUUUGUACAAGACUUCUGAUGCUUCCGUUAUUACAACGCGUUGGGCCUUCCACAAUAGCAAAAUUUUGGAUGCAGCUUGGACCAGUGACUCAAAGUUUCUUGUCAGUGGUGGUUUAGAUAGUGGAUUGUUUCUUUACUCAGUAGACCGUCCUGCCAAGGUGCUCAAAAGACCAUUGGCACAUCAACUUGGUGUUUCUGGUUUAAGAUGGCUUGAAUAUUCACCCAAGAAAUCAGGCAAGUUUGUUAGUGUAGGUUUGGAUGGAGUCGUCAAGGUGUGGGAAGCAGAUUUGAGUGUGUAUUAA